GGCUAUAGUGGAGGUUUAUGGAGCAGCUACACAUGAACGGAGAUCUUAAGAGCAGAGAGUCUUUUGAACUGAAGGUUUCAGAGUUGCUGAAGAUUCUGGCUAAGAAUGAGUCUCUAUUGUGUGCCAAAAGUGCAGCCUGCAAAAAGCUCCCAUGCAUAACCUUUACUCAUUUUAAGGACAUACAGUGUAGUCCAUACCCCAAAUGUUCUAUAAGAAGCAGAGCAGCCCUCCCUGAGUGUUUUAGUGAGUUGAUAUAUCGGCACUUUGAGAGACCAGACUACCUGAGAGAAAGUCUGUCUGCCUGCUUAGCUCCUGUGGACUCUAGGCCACUGAGGCAGAAUGCAACCCACACAAACGCAGUCUUUCUUCCAUACCAGAAAUGUACAGCAAUGUCGAGGAAUCACAUUUUAAAACACCAGACAGAGCCACAUAUUCUAGGUUUUGGUGAAGAGACACGGAAACAGCAAACAUCACACGUGGGCUGGAAAACAGGGCCAACCACUGACUGGUUCUUUGAAGACUUGGUCGACCUUCAGAGGAAGCUUUAUCUGGGCACGCCGAAGAAGUUGCAGUUUUGUGUUAGUGACCUUCAUUGUAACCACAUGGACACUCAAAAAAUAAAUAUUAGAGACUAAAUAAUCGACAAUGCAAUCAGGCCAUGGAUUGAUUAAUUUAGUGCCAUAAUUUUGUCUAUUUCUGUCUAAACUGUAACAUGCUCUCAUUAAUUAGUAUUUGUAGUAUAGGCCUACAUGCGUACUAAAUCCAAGGUCAAAAAGUUUUAUGCUAUGCUGUCCCUAUUCGAACAACUUUCUUUAUUCUUUCAUGUACAAAUUCAUCAGUCUUACAAAAGAAAAGAUGAUUUGUAUCAGAUUUAGCUGCUGCUGCUUUCCAUGUUUGGUCCCUGUGCAGGUGAACACACAUUAAAACACACAUUUCAUUACAGUUACAUUAUAAGACAAACAGUUUAUCAUUAACAUUAGGAGAAAAAUACAGUAAAUGUCCCCAAGUCCAAUACAUGAUGUUUCCUACAGUCCAAACCAGUUUAAAAAUCAGUUAUGUGCAGGUUUAACUUAACUUUUAUUUGAUGGAUUGUGUGAAGUGAACUGGUUUAAAAUAACUGGUCACAAGUGUGUUGGGAGAGAUGCAUUUUACCCAAUGAAAUUAGGAAUCCAACAAUGCAUGUGACUGCAGCCAAUUAAAACCCAGUGAAACAUCCUGGAACUAAUGCUACUUUAAAGAGAGCUGGAAAAGUAGCUAUAUACACAUUGCAAAAAUACAUUUAAAUGGCCAAAUAUACCCUACUAAAAUCCCAAAUGUAGUUUUUUUAAGGCUUUGUAUAUCUCUAUAAAUGUACCGAGAGUGAAAUAAGUGCAGGGACAUCUUCGCUCAUCGAGAUUUGGACAUAGUUGAGCAAAAUUUACAAGUUGUACGUGAAUGCGUCACUCCGCACGCGCCGUUCACGCCCCCACGCUGCAGAGAAGACGCUUCUGUGUCCACUGUCUCCUGCACUGUCCGAGCAGCAGCAGCAUCACUGACCAAACCCGCGCACAGACACGUCCUUUUUCAUCAUGGAGCAGAAAUCAACCAUCAACUUCGGUGCUGGACCUGCAAAACUUCCUCAAUCCGUUCUGCUUCAAGCACAAAAGGAGCUUCUCAGUUACAACAGUCUUGGGAUUAGUGUUCUGGAGAUGAGUCAUCGAUCUUCAGACUUCGGCAAAAUCCUGAAUAAAACGGAGAGUCUGAUGCGAGAAUUGCUAAAUAUCCCAGACAACUACAAAGUGAUGUUUCUGCAGGGGGGUGGCUCGGGUCAGUUCAGCGCCGUGCCUCUUAAUCUCAUUGGCCUAAAAGAAGACAGAUGUGCUGAUUACCUUGUGACUGGCACGUGGUCGGCUAAAGCUGCGAAAGAAGCAGAGAAGUAUGGAAAAGUGAACAUUGUCCACCCAAAACUCGACAGCUACACAAAAAUCCCAGACCCAAGCAGCUGGACCCUGAACCCCUCUGCGUCUUAUGUUUACUACUGCUGCAACGAGACCGUGCACGGAGUGGAGUACAACUUCAUCCCAGAGACAAACGGGGUUGUUCUUGUGAGCGACAUGUCCUCCAACUUUCUGUCCAGACCAGUGGACGUGUCAAAGUUUGGCUUGAUAUUUGCUGGUGCUCAGAAGAAUGUGGGCUGUGCUGGAGUGACGGUGGUGAUUGUGAGAGAGGACUUGUUAGGCCAUGCCCUGAAAGAGUGUCCGAUUGUUCUGGAUUAUAAGGUGCAGGCAGAAAUGAACUCCCUGUACAACACGCCGCCAUGUUUCAGCAUCUACAUCAUGUGUCUGGUUCUGGAGUGGAUCAAAAACUACGGAGGCAGCGUCGCCAUGAAAAACCUCAACAAUCAGAAGUCCUCGUUGAUCUACGACAUAAUCAACAAUUCAGAUGGUUUCUACGUGUGCCCCGUGGAUCAGUCCUGCAGAAGUAGAAUGAAUAUACCAUUUCGCUUGAGGACAGAGGAAGGAGAUGAGGCUUUGGAAAAGAAGUUUCUUGAUGGAGCAGCAAAACGUGGAAUGAUCUCGCUGAAAGGACACAGGUCAGUUGGGGGAAUCCGUGCGUCCCUUUACAACGCGGUCACUCUGGAGGACACUGAAGCUCUGGCCACUUACAUGAAGGAGUUUCAGAAGGAGCACAUGUAAACCCACAUUAUGGCUGCAAACAGUGGCUUUUCUGAUGUAGAAUGGACAGAACUUUGCCUUUUUUUCUUAAGUAAUAGAUCCUUGUCGGGUCCAUUGAAGCUCCUUCAGUCGACAAUGGACUGAUGCAGGUGAUGUCUUAAAUAAGUCUGUCAGUGUGAAAAAGACAAAAUAUUAAUGUACAUAUUAAAUUCCACAUGUGUAAUUACAUUCCAGUAAACAUAAGUUGACU